AUGUUUGCAUGUGGUAGUCGCCGUAGCGAUGCGGGCGGCGCCUGCUUCACAGACGAGGAUAUAUCUCAGUUGGUGGCCACCCUGGAGUGUGAAGACAAAGUUGCGCGAAUUCGUACAGGAACGGAAACAACCUUUGUCUGGAACCAAAGCGAAAACCUGCGGCUGCUCGACAGCGUUCCAUGUAUCGGCUGCCCUCUCGUGGAGGACUGCAGCGCAAAUGGAAAAAUUAAUCCUCGAGAAUGCACCUACCUCUCUCACUGGCUUGGACUGGAUGUAGACAUGGAGGUGCAGGGCGAGGAGGAGGCUGAUGCAUAG